CUUUAUUUAGGUCGUCGGGCUGAUAUCGCGCUUCGUCGACGCUCGCCCUCUAAAGCGGUGAUCGCUUUCUUACAGAAAAAAACAACCCAAUCAACAAUACUGACUCCCUACCUCUUCCAUCAGCAUGGCUCCUCAUGCAAACGAGGCCCCGGUGGGCCAGAAUGACCAUCCCGAUCGGAACCUGCCCAAGCCUGGCGAUUACCUCCAGUUCGACUGCCUUCCCCCGGGCGGUCCCCUCAACCGUUGGUCCCAAGUCUUGACGAGAGGACAUGAUUUCCCCGGUGCCCAGGCCAUGCUCUAUGCCGCCGGCGUUCCCAACAGGGACAUGAUGAAGAAUGCGCCCCAGGUGGGCAUCGCGACGGUGUGGUGGGAAGGGAAUCCGUGCAACACGCAUCUGCUCGAACUUGGCAACAUCGUCAAGAAGUCGGUCGAGCAGCAGAAGAUGCUCGCGUGGCAGUACAACACCAUCGGCGUCUCGGAUGGCAUUACAAUGGGCGGAGACGGGAUGAAGUUUUCGCUACAGACGCGAGAGAUCAUCGCCGACAGUAUCGAAACGGUGACCUGUGCGCAGCGCCACGACGCCAACAUCAGCAUCCCGGGCUGCGACAAGAACAUGCCCGGCGUCGUCAUGGCAGCUGCCCGCCACAACCGGCCCUUCCUCAUGAUCUACGGCGGCACCAUCCGCAAGGGCCACUCCUCGCUCCUCGACAAGGAGAUCAACAUCUCGACGUGUUACGAGGCCUCGGGCGCCUACAUGUACAACCGCCUGGAGGCCAAGUGCAAGAUGCCCUCGGGCGCCGACGCCACCCCGAGCGACGUCAUGGAAGACAUCGAGAGGCACGCGUGCCCCGGCGCGGGCGCCUGCGGCGGCAUGUACACGGCCAACACGAUGGCGACGGCCAUCGAGGCCAUGGGGCUGACCCUGCCCGGAUCGUCGUCCUUCCCGGCAACGUCCCCGGAGAAGCGCCGCGAAUGCGAGCGCGCGGCCGAGGCCAUCCGCACGUGCAUGGAGAAGGACAUACGGCCGCGCGACCUCAUGAGCCGGGCCGCGUUCGAGAACGCGCUCGUCGUCAGCAUCGUCCUCGGCGGCAGCACCAACGCGGUCCUGCACUUCCUGGCCAUGGCCAACACGGCCGACGUCCCGCUCACCCUCGACGACAUCGACCGCACCUCCAACCGGACCCCUCUCCUCGCCGACCUCGCGCCGUCGGGGCGGCACUACAUGGAAGACCUGUACGCCGUCGGCGGCACCCCCGCCGUGCUCAAGACGCUCAUCGCCCACGGGCUCAUCGACGGGUCCGUCCCCACCGUGACGGGCAAGACGCUGGCCGAGAACGUGCGCGACUGGCCGUCGCUGCCCGAGGGCCAGAAGAUCCUCCGGCCCCUGUCGGACCCGAUCAAGAAGACAGGCCACAUCCGGGUGCUCCGGGGCAACCUCUCGCCCGGCGGCGCGGUGGCCAAGAUCACGGGCAAGGAGGGCCUGUCGUUCACGGGCGCGGUGCGCACGUUCGACAAGGAGCACGAGCUCAGCGACGCGCUCGCCCGCGGGGCCAUCCGGCCCGACGCCGGCAACCUGGUCCUGAUCGUCCGGUACGAGGGCCCCAAGGGCGGGCCCGGCAUGCCCGAGCAGCUCAAGGCCAGCGCGGCCAUCAUGGGCGCCGGCCUGCGCAACGUCGCCCUCGUCACCGACGGCCGCUACAGCGGCGCCAGCCACGGCUUCAUCGUCGGCCACGUCGUCCCCGAGGCCGCCGUCGGCGGGCCUGUCGCCCUCGUCCGCGACGGCGACGUCGUCACCAUCGACGCCGUCGCCAACCGCAUCGACGUCGUCGAGAUCCCCGGCGUCGGAAAGGGCCCGGAGGCCGUCGCCGCCGAGUUUGACCGCCGGAGGAAGGAGUGGAAGCCCCCCAAGAUGAAGCCCAUGCGCGGCGUGCUGGCCAAGUACGCCCGGCUGGUCGGCGAUGCCAGCCACGGGGCCGUGACGGACGUGGGCGAGUCAGCAUGGUAAAAAGAGAGAAGAAAAAGGCCAAAGAACAAACAAUUGGUCAUUUCUUUUUUUUCUCCUUUCUUCCUUGUUUCUUUGUUGUGGUCUUGUGGGGAUGGCAGGUUGGUUGGGGGGGAAAAGGGGGUUGGGGGGCCGGGGUGGAUGGGCAAGGGAUUCAUCAUCUCCAAAGACUGGGUAAAGGUUGUCCUGGCUACCUACCACACGGUGCAUCAAAGUAUGAGACCGCUAUACAAGUAUGCAUUGCAUAGAUGACGGUAGACGGACGGGUAGACGGGGUUUUAUUGAAAAAGAGGUCACAGCAUGGAUCUCAACCCAUCACAC